CUCAUCAGCAUGGAAUACCUACGCCUUUGUCUACUUAUUUUGUUAGUCUGUUUAGUCUGUGCCCAUGCAAUUACAGGUGAUAUGCCCACGUUCAGCGGCCUUUGCCAGUUGCAAGGCGACUGGUGCUCCACCAACUGCCAAAUAGCCGGAGGACGGGACGGACUUUGCAACAAGGUGGGCCUCUGCAUUUGCAGACCCUUGUAGGUUAGUCAAAUCGGAAUAAAAGGCGAACAUAUUUACAAUUGCAAA